AUGAGCCUCGCCCCCAACGAUACCAACCCCUGGGAGGAGGAACUGCAAGAACGAGAACGAAAUUCAACCCAACCCGACCGGCCAUCGAACAACGAACCCCGCAAUGAACCUAAGAACAAGAAUGGCCUCGCAUCAAUUUACGACAAGGUCAAUCGCCGGAUCGAGGAAUUAAAUGUCCAGACCCAGCAUGUGAGGGCGGAAUUCCAGCAGGCGCAGAGGCUUGUGGAUGACGUCAAGCGACGAAUGGAAGAACUCGAUAACCCGCACAUAAAAGUGCUGGUGGAACAAGAUGCGUCGAUCAGUUGUCUUCGGAUAGGUGCAAGGUUGGGAUUGUUAGCGAACGAGAUCAACAUGAUCGUGGGGAAUGAUACAAAACAACACUCCUCCAUAAAGAGGGAUACCACACUCCCUAUUCAUGCGGAACUCCCCCACCGAAGAUCCUCGAGCACCGGGACCUCCGUUCCAAACCACUCUCUUCAUCGCAGAGAGGACUAUUCGUCUCCUCCAUGGUCGGAUGCUGUGCAAAGGGCCAUGCCAAGCGAUAAUAUGGCAGAGUUGUCUGAUUCCGAUGAAACAUUAGCUCACGACCGUGUUGCACAGACUCGUACUGAAUAUACUGCGCCCCAGCAGCCGUGUGCACUUCAUGGAUGGAAUGGGAGGCGACAACGAGAAGGCUUAUCGAUCAAAAGGGAUUCUAUACGUGCGGCUGAAGAUCACAAUACGAAUCCACAUCUAGCGGGGAGCUCGCAUUUUGUGAAGCAAUCUAGAAACAUAUCAAAGGAGUUGUCGUCGAGAUGGGCACGAGUUAGGCCAGACGAGGACGACCCGUUGCUCUUGAAACAUCUUCGCGAUGUGUAUGAUCAAACAAAUGUCGAGCAUAGCAGGCGCAUGAGAACCAAUUAUCACCCUGCCGGAUUGUAUUUUGGUAGAGAAAUCAUACAAGAAGAAGAAGAAGAAGAGGAGGAGGAGGAAGAGGAGGAAGAGGAGGAAGAGGAGGAAAAGGAGGAAGAAGAGAUUGAGGUAGAAGAGAUAGAGGAAGAGGAAGGGGGAGGAAGAAAGGGCGGAGGAAUCAAAAAAGGAAGAGGAAGUGGAAGAAGAAGGUGA